AUGCCAGGUAUGGCUGUACGGGACAAAAACUCGGAUAUUUACAAUUUGGGAAUAUUACUCUGGGAACUCUCAAACGGAAUUCCUUCUUUUGCUACCUAUUAUGUGACGGAUAUAAUCCAAAAAAUUGCAAAAAAUAAAAGAGAAAGAACUUUUACCAAUACUCCUCCAGAUUAUGUAAGACUUUAUGAAAGUUGCUGGUUUCCUGAACCAGAAAAACGUUUAACACUGGAUAAUAUCUUAAACGAAAUUGAGAGGCUUACUGUUGAAACAUCUAUCGAAUUCGUUACUUGUUCUAGCGAACGUAUUGCUAUGUCACCUGAGCAAGUUGUUACUCCAUCUGGAAAUGGAAAAACCAACAGAUCCUCACAUCGCGUAUGUACUUUAUGCUAUGAUAUAAUAAAUGCGGAACGGGCAGAGGACGAAAAAAAUGCAGUCACUGAAUUAAAUAUAUUGCUAUUGGGAGAAACUGGAGUAGGAAAGUCUACUUUUAUAAACGCAUUUGCAAACUAUAUGAAAUUUAAAAAUCUAGAUGAAGCAAUGCAUGGAAAGAUGGAUACAUUAAUUCCAUCAAUGUUCUCAAUAACUGAUGAAUAUUGCGAUCUUAGAAACAUUAUAGUAGGUCAAGAAGAUGAAAAUGAAUUUAUUACAAAUAGAGGAAUGUCAUCUACUCAAGGUUGUAAAAGUUAUAAAUUCCGUGUAGAUAAUAAUACAGAAGUAAGAUUUAUUGAUACACCUGGAAUAGGAGAUACUAGAGGAUUAAAUACCGAUGCAAAAAAUUUCGAAAAAAUUUUAAAAUAUAUUAGUCAAUUCGAUCAAUUGAAUGGAAUUUGCAUUCUUCUUAAACCAAAUAAUGCUCGAUUAACUAUAAUGUUUAGAUUUUGUAUCCAAGAAUUAUUAUCUCAUCUUCAUAAAGAUGCUAGAGAUAAUAUUGUUUUCUGUUUCACUAAUUGUAGAGGAACUUUUUAUCGUCCAGGUGAUACUUUACCAACAUUAAAAAAGCAACUAUUGAAUCUUAAAUCAAAAGCUGAUGUUGAAAUUAUAACUGAUCACAAUACAUUAUACUGUUUUGAUAACGAAUCUUUUAGAUUUUUGGCUGCAUUUAAACAAAAUAUUCUAUUUGAAGAAACUGAUAAAGAAAUCUAUUCCGGAAGUUGGAAAAGAUCUGUUGAUGAAUCAAAUAGACUUAUUCGUUAUUUCAAAUCAUGUAAACCUCACGAUAUAAAAGAUACCAUAUCACUUAAUAAUGCUAGACAAAUUGUUAUGGAUCUUUCCAAACCUCUUGCUGAAAUUUGUCAAAAUAUUCAAAUCAAUAUUGCUUUGGCUGAAGAGAAAAAAGAUGAAAUUAAAAAAUCGGAUUUAACCAUUGCUGAUCUUAAAGGCAAAUUACAUCUUCCACAAAUUGAUCUUAAACCAAUUCAAUUGAAUUAUCCUAGAACUGUAUGUACCAGUUCAUCCUGUGUUAAAACUUUAACCGUCGGUAAAACAAAAAUGAAAAAGAUUGAUUACAUCACUCAUUGUCAUAAACGGUGUUAUUUACAAGGUGUUGAAUGUAAUAUUAUAAACAAUUCGGCUCUUUUGGGUUGCACUGUCAUGGCAGGAACUAAGAAAUGUCAAGUAUGUGGUUGUUUAUGGAAUAAACAUAUGCAUAUCACUUAUGAAAACGAACAAAUCUCCGUUGAUAAAGUUGAUGAAAAUAUUAAAAUUUUAAUCAGUGAAAAGCAAUCCGAUCAAACUAUAAAGGCUGCUUAUAUAAAAGAUCUCGAAAAGAGGAUUAAUCAAUUGAAAGAAGAGAAAAAGACCAUAAAUAAAAUUAUUGUAAAAUUUGCUUUAUUUUUAAGACAAAAUGCCAUAGCAGCUUUUAAUGAUGCUUAUAAAAAAUUAAAAAAAGGUGCUAAUCUAAAGACUUAUAAUAAUAAAGUACUUGAAGAACUCGAAACUUCAAAAAGAGAAUAUGUUGAAAAAAUGGAAACUAUUAAAGAUGCAAUUGAAGCUGAUAAAGUUUCUUCGGUUCCAAUUUCUCCUGAUGAUAUUAAUAAAUUAGAAAAACAACUACUUAAUCUUACUAUUUCGGGUCAAACUUUACAAAAGAUGAAAGAUGAAACUAAACGUG